AUGUGGGCAUUCUUGGUUCUCAUAGGUGCUGCAGGUGUUUCUGCUCACCUGCAGGAUCUUGCCUUUGAUGGGCAGAAGGUGUUUCGUGUGAUUCCACAGAAUGAUGAGCAGGUGAAAAUCAUCCAUUCCCUUGCCAGCUACAUGCAGGUUGACUUUUGGAAGCCCGAUUCUGUCACAGUGGUAAGGCCAAAAAUGCAAGUUGAUUUCCGAGUUGAAGCUGACAAGUCUUUUGAGGUUGAAGAUCUUUUGAAAGAAGGUGGAGUGGAGUAUAGAGUUCUGAUUGACAACGUGCAGGCUGCACUGGAUGCCCAGCUUGACAGGAAAGCUCAAACCACCAGCCACAGCUAUGAAAAGUACAAUGACUGGGAAACGAUAGCUGCUUGGACUGCUGACAUCGCUGCUCAGAAUCCUGACCUCAUCUCUCGCAGUGUAAUUGGGGAAACAUACGAAGGACGGUCAAUAUACCUUCUCAAAUUGGGAAAAAGUGGUCAAAAUAAGAAGGCCAUCUUCAUGGAUUGUGGUUUCCAUGCAAGAGAAUGGAUCUCUCCAGCUUUCUGCCAGUGGUUUGUGAAAGAAGCUGUUGAUACCUAUGGAGAAGAUACUGUCAUGACCACACUUCUCAAUAGCUUGGACUUCUAUGUUUUGCCUGUUAUUAAUAUUGAUGGUUACGUUUACACUUGGACAAAUAACCGCAUGUGGAGAAAGACACGCUCUAAAAAUGCUGGUAGCACUUGCAUUGGUGCAGAUCUCAACAGGAAUUUUGAUGCUGGCUGGUGCACUACUGGGGCCUCAAACCAACCCUGUGAUGACACGUACUGUGGCUCCACAGCUGAGUCUGAAAAGGAGGCCAAGGCUUUGGCUGAUUUUAUUCGUGAACAUCUUUCUACAAUCAAGGCAUACUUGACGAUUCACUCCUACUCCCAGAUGCUUCUGUUUCCUUAUUCGUAUUCUUACCAAUUACCAUCGAAUUACGAGGAACUGAAUUCCAUUGCUAAAGCUGCAUCCAAACAGCUGGCCAGUUUAUAUAAUACUGAUUAUUCGUGCGGCCCAGGAGCUACAACAAUCUAUCCCGCUGCAGGGGGCUCUGAUGACUGGGCUUACGACCAAGGCAUCAAGUACUCUUUCACUUUUGAGCUCCGAGACACUGGUAGAUAUGGUUUUCUUCUCCCUGAAUCUCAAAUACAGCCAACUUGUGAAGAGACUCUACUUGCUGUUAAACAUAUUGCCAAUUAUGUCCUUGAGCACUUGUAUUAG